UAAUUACUGAUGUUAUUACAUGUUAUAUUCUACUAAUUUCUAAUUGUCUACGUUUUAUACUUAUCUAAAUACACCCAAUAGUGAUUUCCGCAUAUGUAUCUUUCAUACAAAAUCUCCGCAAUAUGAGUAAUGUUUUUUUACACAUUCUGUUAGAUUUAAUUAAUUCAAUUAAUUAUUUGAUCACAGUUUUUAAGUAUUUACAUAUCAGACAUAAAAGCAAAAAUAAAAAAAUUCAUGAAAAUAAGUGUUAUCAAUGUUACUGGCAGUUACAUCAGCGAAAGCUAGAUAAUGUGGAAAGAGCGUACGGAGAUGUGCUCAUACGGCGCAUGUGCUUCUUUCGUUAAAACGACGAAGCUGAGAGCGCGGCGUCGAGACGAUUUUAGAACGGAGCAGGGCCUCCUACCGUCAGACGUCGUAGCAUAGGGUGUGCUGUAUUAAUAUAGGGUCAAGACAGGAACAAGUUGGUGACGGUGGUGGCGGAAGACGGUGCAGGUCUUCUCGAGCAAUACACACGUACAUCUCGGACCUCCGCAAGUAAUGUACGGAAAGAUCGUUCAACGUAACAUCUAACGAGAUGACCUUAACAGAUACGUUGAAAACUAAAGGAUCACCAGAAUGGAUCGAAGAAGAUCAGAUCGUAUCAGUUCAAGGACAUGUAGACGAAGAUAUUAUCAUCGAACUGAAAUUAGCUCUAUCCGAAAAUUACGAUGACUUACAAUUCGAACUAAUACGAGACGGAUUACCAAUUUCAUCGGAUCGUUAUCAAUUAUCGAUGCGAGGCAAUAUCGUUCAAUUGGCCUUGAAGCAAUCGCGCAAGAAUGAUACGGGUUACUAUUCUCUCGUAGCCACGAGAGUCGGACAAGAAAAUGAUAAAGGAGCUUUAAAGAAAAUCCAUUUGAGCAUCAGCGAAUCAAAUUAUGAAGAAGGUGAUCCUCCUGUCUUCUUGAGAAGAUUGAGCGAUCUUGCAGUAAAGGUCGGCACUCGAACCAGAUUUCUCGUAGAAAUUCGAAGUUCAACCACUUUGAAGAUAAUUUGGUAUAAAGAUGACUUGCCUAUUCACUGCGACGGACCUAGGUUCUCUCUCGUUCACGAAGGAAAUUUUCAUUGUGUUGAUGUCGCCCCAGUCACAAUUGAGGAUCAAGGAUGCUGGACCUGCAUGGCGGAGAAUCAUUGCGGAAGAUCCUCGUGUACAUCUACUCUCACCGUCAUUGUUCCCAAGGCUUACAAAAAGCCAGAAUUUGUUGAAGAACUUCGCGCGCUGCUCACAGAAACAGGUACCGUGUCGUUGGAAUGCAAAGUAAUCGGUGUACCUACACCGGUAUUAAGGUGGUUUAAAGACAACAAAGAAAUCAAAGCUGGCGAUGUUUUUGCUUUGACUGCUAAUCCCGAUGAUCCAACAUCUCUCGGUGUUUAUACCUGCGAGGCGGUCAAUUGUAUGGGAACGGCCUAUUCCUCCUCAAAAGUUCACGUAGUUGGAAGAGGAAGUCGAGAAGAUUCAUUGAAACCGGCAGAUGAUUUUGCACCAUCUGGACCACUUCCGAUAUUUAAACAGAUACUUGAAGACGAAUGUUGUCGAAUCGGAGAUACUAUCGUACUGUCUUGUCGCGUUCAAGUACCACCCUGGCCAAGAGCGAUCACCUGGUACAACAAGGAAGGCCGCGUUGAGCCCAGCGAAAAAUAUCACGUAAUAGAAGAUGGUAUUGGAGGAUAUUCAAUCGAAGUAAAACAAGUAGAAGCUAUGGACGAGGGUGAAUGGAAAUGCGUUGCUACCAGUGAAAAUAAUAUGAAGCAAUUUACGAGCUGCUAUGUAGCAAUGUCUAUUCCAAGGAACUAUAGAAAACCGCGCUUCAUGGAGAAUCUGAAAGCAGUCUUGACGGAAGAAGGUCUUGUCUCGUUCGAAUGCAAAGUCGUAGGUUUCCCAACGCCAUUGCUGAGAUGGUUUAAAGACGGUCAAGAACUUAAACCAGGGGACGUUUAUCAAUUAACCGGAACUAAUUCAUUAGGUUCUUAUUGCUGUAUCGCGAGAAAUUGCAUGGGCGAAGCCAAGAGUACAGCUGAAUUAACCGUCGAAGAUAUACAAAAUCAAUUAAACGAAGAAGAACGUUUCCAGCUUUUGAGCACUAAUCAACCACCAAAGUUCAUAAAAGGCCUCAGAAGUUGUGAGGCAAGAAUAAAUGAAAAUUUUCGCUUUACAGUACAAGUAAGCGUGGCACCAGAACCAAUUCUUUCUUGGUACAGAGAUGAUGCGUUAAUGGAUGAAUCUGACAAAUAUCAUGUAGCAAAAGAGAAUCUUGGCACAUGUCAUUUUGAAGUGCGAAAUCUCGAAUUUAUUGAUCAAGCUGAGUGGAAGUGCGUGGCGGCAAACGAUUUUGGGCACAGUGUCACAUCCUGCUUCUUGAAACUAAUCAUUCCCAAGCAUUACAAAAAACCCAAAUUUCUCGAGAGUCUACGCGCAAUUUUAUCGGAAGAAGGUGCUGUAAAUUUAGAGUGCAAAGUUAUUGGAAUUCCACAGCCAGUUUUAAAAUGGUAUAAAGACAACGUUGAACUCAAGCCCGGUGAUACACAUCGAAUCAUUUCCGGACAGGAUGGCACUUGCUGCCUAGGAAUAUAUACCUGCGAAGCUACCAAUUGCAUGGGAACAGUCAGUAGUUCUGCGUCUUUAUUAGGAUUUGAAGAUAGAAAAGAUGCAAAAGAAAUUCAAUCGUCCAAUGAACUGGCGAGAAAUUUGUCGUUGUCAACGAUACAUGAGGAGCGAACGUCUCAGUUAUAUGACACACCGCAAACGGACCAUUCUGUUACUUUGGAUGAACGGGGCGAAGUAUCUUUUAGCUUUGACGGCAAGGAAGUGUCAGUCAGUCUGUACGAAACUCCUGAUCUCACUGAGGAAGAGGCACUACAGAUUGUUGAAAUGUACGCCGAUCAGCUGUCUGAGCAUGUAACAGAACACAAUGUGAUCGAGCUACCACCAAUGAGAUUUGUCAAAGAAACGUCUACGACCAGUAAUUUGUUGAUGGAAGCUGUAGUGAUCGAUGUAUCUCCUGAUUAUUUUGUUAGCGCAGAAGACAAUGAUGAUUUACGGACAGAAGCUGAUUUCGAAGAUGUAUCCAUUAUAGACGAUGUUACGCACGUCCUCUCGUCACCUGAACGCGAUUCCCGAAGUUCUUUGAAAAGAUCAGCUCGAUACAGUACGGAUGAGGAUGACAAAAUUCCUAGUAGGCCGCCUAGGAAAAAAUCAAUGAGUCUAUCAUCAUCGAAAAGCGAGAAAAGCCAACGUAUAGAAUCUGAAAGUUUCCAUAGCGCACAGAAAGAUGAGCCGCCGUUAUCCCCGCUUUCAUCUUUGAAGCAGGAUGACAGCGACACUUUUGCGGACGCUUUAUCCUCUGCACAUCUUUCCAUCACGGAGAGUCUUGUUCAGAAACACGUGACAUCAUCGGAACAUGAAAGAGCAGAUAAUAGAAAACGUAGUUUAAGCGCAGGAAGGAAGGAAUCUGCGUCAACCGGUUCCAGUCUAGACGAUGGAAUUGGUGGUGAUUCCUCUUUCGAUUCAAUAAUUGGUGUUUCUAAACAAAAGCAACGCAAAAAGAAGCAACAAAAGGAAAAGAGUAAUUCUGAAAAAUAUAGCGACUACGAGCGGGAGAGAAGUGAAUCGGAGGAUAAAGUUAAUACGAAGGUAGAACAUCAACUUACAGAACCAGUUGAAAAGACAGAAAUGAAUGACAAAAACGAAAUCGAAGCAGUAAAGGAAUUAUUUACUGGCGAAGAAUUUUUGGAUAAUUUAAAAAGCGUAAAGGAAAUUAGCAGCUACGUCUCAGAAGAGAUUCAAGAAUUGACAAAAGAUAUUCUUUCAGAAUCAAGAACAGCUCUACGCAACUCUUUGGAGCUUUUUUGUGAAAAAAUACUCGAUACAGAGCCACAAUUUUCUAAUAUUCACAGGCGGAUUGACGAUAUAUAUCAAUUAUUGGAAAAUUCAAGAGGAAUAGGUGUGGAUAUUGAAUCCUUGACCAAUCUGGAAAUACCUUUGCAUGCAUUAUUAAAGGAAAUAAAUGAAAUUACAUCAACGGAACACAUAGAUAUCAUUCGCAAUAUUCUCGAACCAUCCAUCAUUCAAUUGUCACAUGUUAUUGAAAAUCUCGGAUUAUUAUCUUUACAGCCGACGCUCGCAAUUUUGAAAAAAUUCAACGAUCCCAUUUAUAACAUUUCUAGCGAAACGAAAGAAUUAUCGUUGAUAAAAUCAAUAUCCAAUGAGUCUCGAAAUAUAUCUGAAGAAAUUGCACAGCCAUUAAGCGACAUUCAAUCAAUGUUUAAUGGGAUUUUGAAUUAUAUUGAACAAUCGAAAUUUACGGUAAAUGGAUCCACUAGUCCGCAACAAGUUUUUACAGCGCUGGGUCUUGUUACCUGUUUAACGGAAUUGAGAGAGUGUGUAUCUCACACAGCACAAACUGCGAUGACGUUGAAAGAGAAUGAGACACUAAACAGUUUAAUGGAGCUCAAGGAACCCUUAUUGGAUCUUCAGUUAAUUUUAACAUCACAGAGAUGUACUUUUCGCGAACUUUCGAUAAUAAAGGAAAUAAAUUUUGCCAUUGUAAAGUUAAAAGGUGUCGUUAUAACCAUAUUAAAAAAUUCUGAAAAUCAUGAGGUAAUUUCUCGGAUGGAAGCAAUUCUCAAAAUAUUGAAAGAUACCGACGAACAAAUAUCAAAAUUGAUGGGACAAUUAUCAGAGACGGAAGCUAUUCAAAAAUAUGUGUUAAAGAAUCUAAACGUUGAUCAAAGUUUAAGCAACGUUCAUUUUGCUCUAUCAUCAGUUUUAGAAAAGCAAGAAAAUUAUAUAACCUCAUGUCAUUUAAUUACGAGCAUUGAGGCAUUACGUCAAACAAUCGGAUCUUCAGCUGUUACAAUCGCCAAUUUAAAAAAUCCAAUUGAUGAUGAGAUAAUUCACGAAAUUGGCAAACUAAAUGAAUCGUUGCUAAAUUUGCAGAAAGAUUUAUUAACGGAAAAACACGAACCACGAGAAGAACAAAUUCUUAAUGAUUUGAUAAAUCCCAUUAGUAUAUUGAAAGAGAUAGUUCACAGUGUAAUUGAAAGCAGUUCUUUGAUCGAAUCAAUAAUACCCAUGUUGGAAUUGCUGAAAGAUAUGGAAAAGGAUACAGCUCUUAUAGCGAAAGAAAUAUCAAAGAAAAAAUCUCAGGAAGAAAGUAUCACUGCACCAUCUGAGACAGAAAAUAUAGAAGGAGAAAAUAAUUCAAAAUCCAGUUUGGCUAGUCGAAUAAGCCGUUCCUUAAAUCCCAUUAAAAAUUGGUUAUCCGCUACAUCCGAAAACAGUACGACACAAUAUAAAGACGAAAUAGAAUCUGCACUUAGCUCGGCAAUCGAAGAAUUGAAAAUAAAUGUGAGUCAAAUUGCUAUUAAAACGUCAUAUUCAGAACCACCAAGUGAUAAAAGUUUGAUAGACGCACUGAUUGAUCUUCGAGAACCGCUAGUGAGGCUUAAGAAUGCUAUUACUACAUAUCACAAACCGGAAGAUCUUUUAAUUUUAAAAAGCUUGGAUUGUCCUAUGAAAUAUCUUCUGCAAACUAUUAUGGAUGUUCUUUAUGAACAUGCGGAAGAAAAAUCUUUACGACCAGUAAUAGAUAUUAUCGAACAAAUUAAAAAUCAAAUAUCGCUUUCAAUCGAAGAUAAUCUUUAUCAGCAAGAGCUUAAACAAAAUGCUAAAGCAUUUAAUAUGGAAAUGGAGGAAGAAGAAGAAAAAGAAGGAGAAGCUUCCCAAGAAACAAUUCCAGGUACUCUUACGGAAGUUGUUACAACACUUCCACUUGAAGCUGGCUCUAUCUCGUUGCAUACUGAGCAAGCUGUUACAGAAAACAAUUCCAAUGACGUCGUUUUACAAACUGUUAAAAAUGAGAAACAGGAAAGAGAGGAGGGUGCAAACAAAUUAAUCAUGAUCUUGUCAGAAACUUUGGAGAAACUUCAAUUGGAAAUAACUAAUAUACUGGAGGAUUUUGAAGAAUCAACAACACAAACUACUACAAUUCUCCAAUCGAAAUUAGCUAAUUCCAUUGAAGAGUUAAGAAGGACUAUUUCCACAGUACGCGUAAUGAUUGUUUACGGUGACGAUGAAACUGGAUCAUUCGAGGAUAAACUUAAUCAGACAACUUUGGUGCUGAGUAACUUAAUACAGCCGCUGACAAAUAUACAAAAUCUUCUUUCUAAAUCGCAUGAGCACGACGUUUCAGAACUUAUGAUACUGAAUCGAUUUACUCCGUUAUUGAAUAUAAUAGAAAACAAUGUGAUAAGACAGAUACUCGAUUUUAUCAGUAAAGAUGGAGAUGUAGAAAAGGAAUUUGAAUUUCUUCUAUGCAUACUAGAAGAAAUCAAAAAGAAAAUUCCAAUUGUAAUUCAAGAUAUAUCAUUGAGACGAAAAAUUUUGGAACAUCUCAGGGACAUUUCAAAACCUCUGGAAAGUAUUUUAGAACGUAUGAGCGAUCUAGAAAAAGCUGCGGAAGAAACUCUUGAAACUGAUGUCGCGAAUAUUUUAGGAAAGCCGAUAGCUGCUUUAUUAGAAGAUGUUAAAAUUACUAUACAAGAAGUAGAUAUGUUAGAUAGUCGAGAAUCAUUGAUUCUCGAAUUACGAAACCUUCUUGAACCCCUGUUAGAAUUUCAUAGUUGUCUUUCAAUGGUACAGAGUAGUCGAAGAAGUUUAGUUCCUGAAGCCUCUUUAUUAGAUGAGAGGAGAAGCGUUAUUCUACGAGCGGUCGACGGUUUGCGCAAACAAGUUUGUCACUCUGCUGAAAUAACCGCGAAUAUGGGAGAAACUUUCUUAUUUAAUGAAUCUUUAUCCUUGCUCAAUUCUGCGAUUUUACAAGUACAAAAACAAAUUGGAAAGACCGAUUAUUCACGCCGAUCUAGUAGCAGCAACAUUCCUCUGCAGGAUCGACUUAUCGGCGCAUUGAAUCGCUUAGACAACGCUAUAAUAGAAUUAGAAAAACACGCUGACAAAGAUACAUAUAAAAUAGUGUCCAAAUGUUUGGAAGCAUUACAAAAACAAAUCUCUCUCGCGCAAGCACAAUUUAAUCAAAUUGGUAGUGAGGUAAUUGACGAAGAGGCAAUCGUAGAAGGUUUUCUUUAUCCGACUAAUCAACUUCUGUCGGCGUUAAACAUUCUAAAAGAGAAUACGCAGAAGAUGCCUUGGACAGCGUCGCAUAACUUAAUAAUUCAACUUGAAGACCUAGCCGACUCUAUCUCAGAAUUAAGCUGUUCCUUAUCGGCUCACAAGACAGGACUUGUCGAAGAAGGCGCUUCUGAAGGAGCACCAAUCGUCGAGACUUUUUCUGCUGUUAUAGAUGUUUUAGAUCAUGUAAAAGACGCUAUAAAUGUCAUAGAGCAAGCUGUCGGUGUUGAACAAAAAGCGAGCAUGAUUAUCACGAAAGUAGAAAGUGUCAUUGAUGAGAUUAUAGAAGUAUCGCAAGAAGAAAUUGAGAGCGUAAUGAUGAUCACAGAAAUACCGUCUAAAACAAUAGUCCAGAAGGUUGUUCAAUCUGAAAUUGAAAAUACACCUAUUACGACACAAAUAUCAGUUUUAGAAGAUCUAGAAGCAGCUGUAAUCCCUAUUGAACAAACAAAGGAUGAUCUAACGGAUAUGAGAGAAUGUGAAGAAAAUCAGAAAGAAAACGAGAAACAAGCACAUUUGUCAAUUGAAAUAUCAAAGUUUAAUUCUGCAAUAAGUAAUUUGACGCAGCCGUUAAAAGAAUUGAUUAAUUUUGUGGAAUUUGCUAAGCAAAAAUCUCUAAUUUCAAAAUCAGAGGAAGACAAGCGGAAAAUACAAGAAUUAACAGCAUUAGUACAAAUUCUUAAUGAUUUACAAGCUACAAAUAUUUCUAUUAAGACGGUAAUAUCAGCUUCCUCGUCCAUUAUACUAUUAGACAGCCAAUUUUCUCGUAUGAAAGAUAUUCUUGCUAAUUUCGAACAAGCUGUCGAUACGGUUAUUUCCUUGAUGACUCGUGAAGGAGUGAAACCAGAAUUAAAGGAGACCGUUAUGGCAUCUUUACCAUUAAUCUCCAAGCCUUUAGAUGCUCUUGAAAAUGUAUUGGCAUCUAUAUGUCAUAUAAUCGAUGAAAACAAAUAUAUUGACAAAGACGGAGAGUCAUCGUCUGCAAUCGCAAAAACCUUAAUAUCAUGUAUUAAGAAUAUUAUUAAAUCUCUAAAUGAAAUGCAAAUAUCGAAAUGUGUUAAUAUUGUUAACGAAACGGAAAUAUUGAAAUUAAAAGAAGAAACAAAAGAUAUUGAAAAAACAACUGCGCGACCCCUCGAGGAGCUUAUAGAAGCCAUUAUGGAGUCUCAAGAACAGAUAAAAUGUGACAAGACCUCGUUAUUAGAAUCUAGUUCACUUUCCACAGAUAUGAUCGCGUCGAAAAGCGUCGAUAAUUUAAAAACCGUAGAAGUAGAGUUAAAUAAAACACUUGUUAAAGAAAUAGAUGAUUCAAUCAAACAAGAUGCAGUAGAAACACCACAACAAGCAUUUUUAUUAGAAACUGGUCAAAUCGAGGAAUUACUUCUUGAAAAUGUAGGAAUGAUAAAAUCGAUAGUAGAACCUGUAGAAGAAAUCGAGAAACACAGCUUAGCAACGAUUGGUCAACAAAAGAUAGAAUCAACUCGGAAAACAGUGUCUGAAAACAGUAUGAUUCAGGAGAAACAAAUAAAAGUUGAAACUUUGCAAGAGCUUAUCUCUUCUCUUCAAGCACUGUGUAAAUCAUUCAAUGAAAUUGGAGAAAUGGCAAUUUUAGAAUCUUUUGAUAAGAAAACGAUCGCAUUUCCAGAUUUAGUAAAACCGUUAUUAAAUUUACAACUUGCACUACCGUCCAACGUUACCGAAGAUAUUGAACAAAAUACAAUGAUAUUACUAAAAUCAUCUAUUGUAAACAUUUUGGAAGAAUUGCAAAAGUCAAUUGCUACAGUUCAAGAAAAAGUGCAGCUUAACGCUGUAGCUGAAAGCAAUUCGUGUGAAACAUCUAAGAUAUGUUUAGUACAAGCCGUCGUGAAACCAUUAGAAGACUUGAAGAUGUCAAUUGUUUGUAUCCAAUCUGACCCAACAAUUAAUCAAUUUAUCCAGCAAGAAGCAAAAUUAUCGAAUGUUGAACAGAUCACAAUUUUGCAAAAUCUUGUUAAAUCAGUGGAGCAAUUUGGAAAAAGAUUUAUGUCUAUUAUUAGUCAAGUAAAAGUGGAAGAUGUGCCACCAUUAAAAAUUAUUAAACAAAAAAAUCAAGAAGUGGAUCCAAAAAUGUUACAUAAAAUUGUUGAUGCCAUUCAUAUUUUACGAGAUACAUUUAUUCAAAUUGAAAACCUUAACAUUUCUAAAGCCGAUCUAUUAGAAACGCCGGAACAGAAAAAAAAGACUACUCUUGAGUUGAGUAUUGUGAUAGACUCUUUGGAAAAAUUAGAACAAUCUUUAAUUAUAGGUACGCAGCAAGUUAUAACCGUGCAAGAGGAAGGUAUAAAAGAAAUUUGCGAAAAUCAAAGUUUGUUAGCAAGUGCGAAUCUAAAAUCUGUGCUACACGAACUCAGAAACUCGAUUAUUGUAGUUCAGGAGCAAACAAUCUUUAAUGAUAUUCCUGUGUUAAAAACGUUGAAUGAAGCUCUAGAAAACCUGAAACUAUCAUUAACAACAGUUGUCGAUCAUGUUGAUAAAGUUACUGAAACUGAAAAAGUAUUAACUUUACUAUCAUUUGCAAACUCGGUAGAAGAAAUAGCGAAUCAACUGAUACCUGUAACUAAACAAGAUAUAGAAAAGCAAACAAUUAGUGAAACUUCUCUGUUAAAAACAAUGACUAUUCCAAUUGAAGAAUUGCAAAGUGCAAUACUAAAACUCGAAGACCGAGUGUCUCAAACAUUGGAAAAAAAGGAAUCAAUAAAAGCUGUUGCUUUAGAAUGUAUGAUACAACCAUUGCAAGAAUUACAACAAUCAUUCUUAACUGCAUCUUAUCAAGAAACGGUCUUAGCCUUGCAACGAUUGCCAAUCAAGCCGAUAUUGGAUAACUUAAAUAGAUCCAUGGCCAUAAUUCAAGAUCAAAUUAUGAUCAUUCAGGAUAAUUUACUUGUGGACGUGAAUACAGAUGAUUCGAUAAUAUUGAAAGAUUUUGCGAGAUCACUCGGUAAUUUAAGAACGUCGAUGGUAGUUCUGCAACAAUUAAAUGCAAUAGAAAACGCUAGCCAACAGAUUGUAGAAAUCGAGAAUGCGUCCGCGCUGCAAACAUUCGCGAAAUCUAUUGAGGAGUUCAAAAAAUGUUGUUGCGUUAUUGUUGAACGACCGAGAAUUAUCGAUGCUUUCACGACAAAUAUAGAAUUAAAACAUGAAUCAAAUAAAAUAGAUACGCAUCUUAUUGAAAAUAUUAUUGCACCUUUGCGAAUAUUACGGGAGCAGAUUUUAACUAUUGAAGAAACUAAAAUGCAAGAAUCCGAGAUUUUAGAUGUUACGGAAGUAAGAAAACCAGUUACUGUGCAGUUAAGCAAUCUUGUUAAUCCCUUGCAACAACUUGAAAAAUCUUUUGUCGCAACGGUACAAACGGAACAUGUUAUCGAACACGAUGGGCACAAUCUAAUAACCAAAGCAUCUUUUGUAAGCCUAGAAAAACUUGCUCUACAACCUAUUCUCGAAGAAGUACAAAAGUCUAUUGCUACUGUACAAGAACAAGUGAUAUUAGAGGCAGGAAGUGAAAUUUCGGAAGUAGAAACUGACGUUUUACUGAAAUCGAUCGCGCAACCCUUAGUAGAUUUAAAAACUUCUAUUGCAUCUAUUCAGCAAGUAACCGCAAUUGCACCUGACUUUUUAAAUAAACUCGCACAACAACAAAAUAUUUCGGCAUUGGAAACUUUUGCCGAAACUCUUCAUAAUCUGUCGGAACGUAUAGCAAUGUGUAAUCAUCAGCAGGUAGUCAUAGAACCUGCGGCGGACACUAUUUCGGCGGAAGAUGCUGCCUCUUUGAAUGAUACGUGGGCAGACGUAAUAGAUGAAUCUUGUUCAAAAAUUCCCCGUCCAAUAGUAAUCGAUCAAGGAACAAUCGAAUCUCCAGCCGAAAUCGCAGUGUCAAUGUCGGAAGAUGAAACCUCUACAUUGAAAACAUUAGCAAAGCCACUAACUGAAUUACGAGAAUGUCUAGCCUUGAUUGUCGAAGAGCAGAAAACAGUCCCGCCAUAUGAUACGAUGUGUUCUUUGUCGGAAAAAGAAAAUAUUUCUUUGAUAAAGACAAUGAUACAGCCUUUAUCAGAGUUAAAACAAGCAGCUGCAAUAAUUAUUCAAGAACAAAUGGCUAUUGAAUGUGCUAAUGAGCAUUCAUUUGCAAUUGAUAGUAAAAAUGAAUUUAUUCUUCGUCCUUUGAUGGAACCACUUGAAGAAUUACGUCACUCUAUCGCGGUAAUACAGGAGCAUAUGUUGGUUGAAACAUCAACAGAUCAUCGAUCGAAGAACGACGUCAUAUUGGAUGCAUUGGCUGAACCUCUGUUCGAUCUUCAACGUGCAAUUUCUGUUUUAGAAACACGAGUGAUGUCUCCGGAUGUUGAAUCAAUGCCCGAAGACGUAGACAACAACUGGAUUACAAAAUGUUUAGCGACGCCUCUACACGAAAUAGAAAGAUCGAUUGCUGAUAUUCGUCAAUGCAAUAUAAUGAAACCGAAAACUAUAAUUGUGGAAGAGCAAAUGAGAGCUUCAAUGCAGACUGCAGACUGGUCAAUUAUCGAAAAAUUAUUAAAACCAACGAAUAGUAUUAAAUCAGCGAUAUUACGUAUCGAAGAUGAUUCUAUCGAAACUGAAAUUCUCAAAACAAUGGUAGAUCCAUUUACUAAUGUACAAGAGAAUUUAAUGUUACUGAGAAACAAAUUUAAUUUAGCUUCUGCUGAUGAGAUAGCUGAUGGUAAUAUCGAUGCUUUUAUCGAAUCUCUUUCUAAUUUUGAAGAAUGCAUUUCAUUUAUCAAGAAAGAAAUUGUUGAUAAAGCAGUGUCUAAACAAUCAGAUGUAAAGAAAAUUGAUCCUACAAUAUCCGCCACUCUCAAUAUACCAUUAACCGAAUUAAAAUGCUGUAUUGAGACUAUAAAGACAUCACCAAACAACGUACAUCUAAAUAAUUUGGAAAGACCGUUGGAGCUUAUGCAAAAUGCGCUCGAAACAAUUGUAUCUACACAACGAAAUAAAAAGCUUUCAGAAUUAUCGAUAAAAAUAAUAAAUAAUAUUUCAGAUAUUAACAAGUCAAUCGAAUCUAUCGAAAAUAAAUUAAAGCAACAACAGAUGUCGGUUGUUGAAAUUUAUAUCGAAUACGAAGCACUAGGAAUAUUGACAAAAUCUUUACAGAAUGUUAAACAAUGUAUUAUACAGAUACAAGAAGAACCAAAUACUGCCAAUUUAAUGAUUAGUGCUCUUCAGAAAUUAGAGAAAUCUAUAGCUAUAAUGCGAGAGCAAUCAGCUGAUAAACCAUUGGCGGAACCGCCACAUACGAAUUUCGGCGUUUUUUCAAAAAGUUUAAUACCGUGUUUACACGAGUUACAAGAAUCAAUAGAAGCAACAAAAACAUUAUGGUGUGAAAAAACAAUAUUAGAUGGAUUAAUGAUUCUUGAGAAACCAAUUUAUAAAUUGUUAGCUGCGAUGAACAUUAUGCAUGAUCAGUCUUUGAAAGAAACGAUUUUAAUAUUAGAUCAAACCGCUCUUCAAAAGAAAGGUAGAGAGAAAGAAAUUAAAGCAUCAUCUAAAAUUAAAACAGCUAUCGAAAAAGAAACUAAUGAAACAAUUAAAGAAGAAAUCAAAGAAACUAAGUUGGUAAAAAGUGUAGAUUCUACAAUAACCAAUGAUACGAAAGACAAAAAAGAUGAGAAAAAACCAGAAAAAAUAGAACAAAAAAAGGAAAAAGAUGAUGAAAAAUUAACACAUAAAGAAAAAGCUAAUGAAAUAGAAAAUAAAGAUGAGAAACAAACGAAAGAAAACGUAAUUCAAGAAAUACAAAAAAUAAAUGAAAAACAGGAGAGCAAAGAAAUUGAACGAUUAAAAGAGAAAGCGGAGCAAAAUGAAAAAAGCAUAAAGGAUAAAAAUUUAAAGCAAGACGAUAAAGAAUAUAAAAAAAUAAAACAAACUGACAGUUUUGAAAAGCAUAAAGAAGCUGGAAAAACAGAAGGAAUAGAAAAUCAGCAUGAAAAAAUUAAUACAGUUGAAAGUGUAAAAAACAAAAUAGAGGAAAGUGAAAAACUUAUCGGCGUAGAACAUAUGAGAAAGGAAAAAAGUGAACAAAGUGAACAAAAAAACAAAGAUAUAGAAAUUAAGGAAGCAGAAAACGAACAAAAGAAAGAGCAAGAAAUCGUACAAGAAAAGAAAAAAGUAGAUAAAUGUAAGAGAACUGAAAUGGAUCAAGGCAUUAAAGAAAGAACAGAAAAUAAUAAAGUAAAAGAACUUAAAGAUAUAGGCAAAAAAGAAGAACACUUGAAAGAAGAAAAAGAAAAUGUCGACAAAAUUGAAAAAGGAGAAGAACAAAAAAAUAUAAAAAAUAUUGACAGAUUAAAACCGAUGAGACAAUAUGAGAGGAAAGAUAAAACUGAAGAGACCGAAAAAGAAAUUGACGAAGAAAAUGAGGAUUCUCGUAAAAAGGAAGAGAUAAUAAAACCAGAAGAACAAAAAAAGAAGAAUGAAAUGCAUCAAAUAUCGAGGGGAAAAGAAGAAGAACGAAAAGAGACAGCCAAUCUGGAAGAAAUAAAAAUAGCAGAAAAUAAACAAGCAAAGACAAAGAAAAAUGUACAAGAGGAUAACAAAACAGCCGUACAUCAAGAAAGAGAUAAAAUUGAAAAUAAUAAAGCAAAAAGAAUAAAAGAGGAACUAAUUGAAAGAAAGAAAGAUGAACUUAUUAAAGCAGAAGAAAUAAUACAGCAACCACAAUAUGAAUAUACAAAUAAUAUAAUGGAAGAGGAUGGUACGAUGAGUGAGAGCAGGAGAGAAAUAAAUGGAGAUGAAGAACAGAAAUUAAUAACAUGCAUAAAACAAAAGCGGAAAGAAAAAGUAAGUGAAGAAAUCCAGGAAUUAAGAAAAGAUGAAAAUUUAUGUUUGGAGAAAUGGAAACAACAAAAGCCGCAAAGUGAUGAAAAUUGGUUAUAUACAAGAGAAGAACGCGUUAAUAGAAGUGAUAAACGCAGAUCAAAACAAAAGGAGGAAAAUGAUUAUCAGAAGAGAGAUAAUGACAAAAGGCUGCAACGAAUGGAAAAGAGAAUUAGGAGAGACGAAUCUGCUAGAUUAUUAUGGGAAGAAGAACAAAGAAUACGGAAAAGACAAGAAGAGGAAAGAUUCAGAAAUAGACAGAGAAGAAAAGAACAAAUAAGAGAAAAUGAAUGGUCCAGAAAACGUGAAAAUGAAUCCGACCGUUUUCUUAGAAAUAUGCUAGAAACCACACACAAGCCUACAGACAAAUUGACUUCAAUGCAGUUUUUUGAUGUCGGUUAUUCUCGAGAACAUACUUUUCGAUUUGAUUCUGGCAUCCCAAUGCUUUCUAGCACCUCCAGAUCAUACAGUUUGAGAGAUUCUUUAACAUCACUAAGCAGGAAAAGAUUCGACAAUUAUUGGGAUUAUAAAUUACAUAGUCCUUCUAUGGAUAAAUAUUAUUUCGAUGCAGGAUCGUCGUACAGAAAGCGCAGAAAAAGAGAAAAUCGUAUGAUUCGUGCGAGAUCGAUCGGUUUGCUGAAAUAUGAAGACUAUUCGACUGGAGAUAGCGAUGCCACUAUUGUAUCUAAUAUGCGCGUUCGAUCUCUCCGGCGCACAAAGACGGACGCUAUCUCACGUAUCAAUUUCGAUACACAUGAGUCUAAUCUGUCUAGUUACAUUGACUUCCGUCAAAAUGAGAAUCUUCCAUGGGACAAGCCAAAGAAACCAUCGUUUUGCACAAGAUUAACAAACAGAGUCGUGGGAGUUGGUAUGAGGACAAAACUGGCCUGCACCGUUCUCGGUAAUCCAGAACCACGCAUCCAUUGGAUGAAAGACGAACAAAAGCUGGAUGUAUCAGACAAUCAUUAUAGAAUGCGAUAUGAAAACGGUAUGGCUUAUUUGGAAUUACCCGAUGCGUCCCCCGAAGACGCUGGAAUAUACACAUGUGUAGCUGAGAAUGCACAUGGCACUUCGACCACCGAAUCUAUCUUGAGAGUUUAUUCCGAUUAUAAACCUACGCAUUCACCUCCAAUUUUUAUAAAAUCAAUUAAAGAUACUUAUCGAUAUUCCGAUCGUAAGUUAAUCCUGGAAUGCCGUGUACAAGCACAUCCGAUUCCUAAGAUUUCCUGGCUAAAAGACGGAAUGAUUCUUCAAGGCGAACGUUACAAGCAGAGCUAUCUCGACGAUGAUGUCUACCGAUUAGAAAUAGCAGAUCCUGAUAUCACAGAUAACGGACAAUAUACAUGUCGCGCGGUAAAUGAGCUACGUACUGAGGAAAUAUCACAUACUGUUCAUGUCGAAGAUUGGCAAUUCAUAAAUCGAAGCGAUCCAUGUUUAAGCGACAAAGUUAGCUCGGAAUUCGCAGAAAGACCACAGUUCUCCAAUUUGCUAAAGGAUUAUAGCGUGCCCAUUGGCGGAACUAUCGCUCUUCAAGUAGAAGUUAAGGGUACACCAUUUCCGGAAGUGAAAUGGCUACGUGGCGUUCGAAAGGAGCCAAUUACGAUACCAAAAGCGAGAACCUUUGUAGAACGUGGACUUUACACGUUAAUUGUGCCUGAAGCGACAGAGUCAGAAAAGGGUACAUACGUUUGUAGAGCGAUCAAUGCUUAUGGACAAGCGGAUACAAGCGCGACGGUGGAUGUAAUAUCAUCGAGCGCUAUCGAUGCAGGGGGGAAACCGGCGAUGUUUGUCUCGAGACCUUCCAAGAAAUCGAUCGAUGUGAUCGUUGGCGAAGACAUUAGCAUAUCCUUCCGAGUCAGCGGUAUUCCUAAGCCUCGAAUAAUAUGGAUGAAGGGAUUAACAGAUAUCACGGAUGGACCUAGAUCUUACAAGGAAAGUAUUGAUGAUUACGUCAGAUUAACAUUAAAAAGAGUUACACCUUCUGAUGAAGGUACCUAUUGUAUUUUGGUUAAAAACAGAUAUGGCUGUGACAGAAGCUUUUUUUCGAUCAGGGUAAAACAACGUGCUAGAUCAUUGACUCCAUUAUCAGAUUGGAAUUCUCUUACUGAGCGUGAAGCAGAAGAAUACAACAAUGACAUGUCUUACGUGAGAAAAAUAAUGGCACAUGGUCAUGGAAUUAUUACCAAUGUUAAAAAUGAAGAUAUCACUAUUUCAUGUUUGAGACGUUCUUGGACCAAGAAUUGUUUAAUCACAGACUUUUUGGAAUAUUUGUAUGGGCAUCGAGACGUGCCCGGUCCAAUCAGUAGCGAACCCGUUGUUAUUGAUGGUGGAAAAAGUUGGCUGUCGUUGAGUUGGGGUAAAGCAGAAAAAAGAGGACCUGCACCGGUGGUCGCUUAUAAAGUCGAAGCGUGGCUAUUAGGCAGUGACGGGGGUGCACGAUGGAUAGAGUUGGGAAUUACGCCGAUCAACGCAUUCGACGCAUUCAAUUUACGACCAGGUGGAGAAUACAAAUUUCGCGUAACGCCGCGAAAUCGUUACGGAUGGGGUGAACCAGUUACAAUGACAAAUUCAGUGUUGGUGCUCGAAAGUACCGAUCUUCCAGAAUUCACAAAAAUUCUACCGGGUCAAUUAAAGGCUCUCGAAGGGACGCCGGUAAAAUUGGAAUGUGAGAUUCGCAGCGAUUCCAAAAUAGAAAUACGAUGGUAUCGCGAAACAACGGAAAUUAAUUCGUACAAUGAUACAAGAUUCGCGAUAUGUUACGAUGGCUCUAAAUGUUCUUUGACAAUUGCAAAUAUUAAAGGGGAUGAUUCCGGAAGAUAUGUUUGCGAAGCAAACAAUAAAGUCGGUAAAGUGUCAUCGUUCGCCAGAAUUCUCGUUGUUAGCGAUCCAAGAAUUAUCGAGGCCGAUGCCAAACUUAAAACAAAUUUGAGCUCGGAACCGGAAGAUAGACCGCCUCAAUUCACCAUGAGAAUACGAGACAGGCGAGUGCAAACAACUUAUCCAGUAAGGCUUACUUGUCAAGUAAUCGGACAUCCUGUUCCAGAAAUCACUUGGUAUAAGAACGGAACGGAAGUCUUUCAAGAUGAUCGCCAUAUUUUUUGGGAUGACAACUCAAACUUCCAUACUUUAGAAAUAAUUCAUUCUACUCUUGAGGAUUCUGGGUGUUACAUGGUGACAGCGAGGAAUAUAAACGGCUCGGUAUCUUGUCGAUGUACCCUCGUGGUAGACAAAGGAAUUCGAGCCUAUAUUGCACCGGAAUUUCUUCGUGGUCUCAAUGUGGCUUACACGAUUCAUUCAGGCGGAGAACUACGAAUGUCGGCACAACUUGAAGCUUAUCCGAGUGUUGGUGUUGUUUGGCAUCGCGAUGGUAUUCGCCUGCGACCCAGUAGAAGAGCGGUAAUGACAUUGAGCCACGAUGGCACCGUCCAAUUCUCUCUGGCGAACGUUACUACGCGAGACGCAGGAGUUUACAAUUGUACCGCAACGAAUGCAGUCGGUCAAACCGAGACAGCCACAAGGGUAGCUGUUACAGUUGCAAUCCAGGACGAGUUGUCCAUCAAUGAAUCAUUCAAUAUCACAAGCACAUGUCCAGAAAUACCAUAUUCGAAGGAACCUCUUUUUGUAACAAAACCAUUAUCAACUGAAGCGAUCGAGGGAGAUACGGUUAUCAUUCUUUGUGAAGUGGUCGGAGAUCCUAAGCCGGAAGUAAUAUGGUUGCGCGAUUUUCUCAAGCCCGACUAUUAUAGGGACGCACCUCAUUUUCGGCUGGUGGGUGCAGGGCCACAAUAUCAGUUGGAAAUACCUUACGCUAAACUCGAUUUUACUGGAACAUAUUCCGUGAUAGCUCGCAAUUGUCAUGGAGAAGCUAAAGCUGUAAUUUCUUUGCAAAUCUAUGCCAAAGGACAAGGUAAAGAGGAACAAACGCAGAAAUCUCAUGGAAAGGUAUUGACCCUGCCGAUUAUAAAGAGAGAAUUGCGAGAUCUUCGGUGUUGCGACGGCGACGCUGUCUCCUUGGAGUGUAAAGUUUAUGCGACACCAGAACCACCUUUGGUUCGUUGGGAACGUGGAGGCAAAAUUAUAACUAUGGUGGGUGAUUUUACUGCCGAAUUCGAUGGUGAAACGGCGCGCUUAAAUAUCCAACAUGUCUAUCCUGAAGAUGAAGGAGAAUACACGUGUGUGGCUUACAACGAUCUUGGAAAAGCAUAUACAUCUGCCUGUUUAGUCGUAGAUGUCCCUGAGGGAAAAGAAAAUAUACUGAGUCAAAGGUUGACGAGGCCAAUGGGUCUGCUGUCAGCAGGAUCGACUCCAAGAUCGACUCCGCGAUCGACACCAAUUAGAAGUUUGUCACCAGCGGUUUCACACGGACGUGAACUGAGAUCACCGCAAGUACUACCGCGAAGCGAUAUAUCAAAGAAGCCGAAGGUUUGCCCGCCGAAAUUUUAUGCAGUGCCGCAUAAUCGUUUGGUUCAGGAAGGCGAAACUGUGCGUUUCCAGUGUGCCGUAGUCGGUCAUCCCACACCCUGGAUAAGAUGGGACAAGAAUGGUACCAUUGUAACACCAAGCGCGAGGAUCUCCAUUAAAGAACGAGAUGACAUUAAGAUACUUGAAAUCAUCGACGUAAUGCGAGAAGAUGCAGCUCUUUACAGAAUGACAGCAGAAAACGACUUUGGUCGAAUUGAGGCUAGUGCUCGUCUUGAAGUAAUAAAUCGAUACGAAUCGACGAGUCGAACUAUCAGAACUAGAAGUGCCUCACCUAGAACAUAUCCUUCGUUUGACCGAAGUCUUCUUCCGACUACCAGUAGAAUAAACAGCCGUUUGCAAUUGGAAUGCCGCGUAAAAGGAACGCCGAGCGUAACACCAACGUGGUAUAGAAAUGGACGAGCGUUAGAACGAUCAUCUAGAAUAAAGAGACAUUUCAAUGGCAUAACUGCCAAAAUCGAAAUAUCAAAAGUAAAAGCUAGUGAUGCGGGUGAAUAUUCCUGCGUAGCGACUAAUAUUCUUGGAUCAACGAAGAGUAGUUGUCAGGUAACCAUAUUAGAUCGCCACGAUAUGUCUGUCGCGGACAAGAAUGCACCACGAUUUUUGCAAUCAUUGCCGAAAGAGUCAAUUGUCAUGGAAAACUAUUGUCACGAAUUUCAGGCUGGAAUCACAGGUACACCACCUUUCACAAUUACUUGGUACAAAGACGGUCGUGAAUUAUCUGAUUGCGAUUAUUAUAAAUACAUUAUAUAUGAAGAUGGAGGUGUUGCUCUCAGAAUAUGUCAAGUUCAUCCACAAGAUGCUGGUGAAUAUAUUUGUACUGUACAGAACGAUUUUGGUAUUGCGUCCUGCAGAAGUCUUUUUGCCGUUCAAGAUUACAAAGAUGUUUUCAAGCCGGCGCUCCAAUUUAUAAAAACUCCGUUAUCAGUUAUCGCCGCAAAAGGAACUACCGCUUGUUUUUGUGCCAGAGCGCAGUGUGGGAAAGCUAUAGAAAUUAUUUGGACAAUUAAUGGAAAAGAUGCUCGAGAAAACGCAAAAUGUAAAAUUGAAAGAGACGGUAAUAUCAGCAUCUUAAGAAUACGUGAUAUAUCAUUACGCGAUACAGGAGAGAUUCGAUGCGUAGCUUCUGUGAACGGAAAAGGUCCAUCCAUCAGUUGUAUUGCCAAGCUGCAGUUACAAAAUUUGUUAUACGAGUUCAAUGACUCCAUAACGAAGCUUGAAGAUGUUCAAUCUGACACACAAACCAAAUUAUCAUUAACAAACACUAGUCUUGUAAGCAUGAUGCCAGAAAAAAUGACAAAGCUAUCGUCAUUAAAAUGUCGGCAACGUCACGAGAAGCCGAGUCUAAUGCAUACCAGAUCAUCUUCAUUUCCUCGAUAUACUGCUUCGUAUACCAAGCACACGUUUUCUCCUUUGUCAAUAAGAAAACGUAUUUCUAAUAAUGCGUCAACUGAUGCUCAAAGAUCACGAUUUCCGGACAAUUUAUCAAUACAAAGAAUUAUAAAGAAAAAUUUAGACAAUAAUCUGGGAUUUUCAAAAGGUCAAAGAUUAUCAUCUUUAUUAGACAAAGAUAAUGAAAUUGAUACUUCCAUAAAAUUGUUAUUGCCAAAGAAAAUGGAACGACUCUGCCAUCAGAAUAUUAAUUCUAUAUCGAACAAAGAGCAUAUGGAAUCGCGUCUAGAAGAGUUGAUAAAAGCUACGAUUAUAAAAGAACCAACUGAUAUUAUCGUAUUUAGAGGAAGCAGAGCAGAACUCAAAGUAACUUAUAAAGGAUGUCCUGAACCGACGAUCAAGUGGUUUCAAGUGAAUCGGGAAUUGCAAUCGAACGAGAAAACUGAAAUAGUCAGCAGAGAUGGUGUAUCUUACCUGAGGCUGGAUGACGUGACCUACGAUCACGCUGGAAAAUACCAAGUCUCAGUGGAAAAUCCAUUAGGCAAAGAUCGAAGAUUCUUUAGCUUAGCUGUGGAAGGUCCACCCGAACCACUCACGGAUAAACCAAGUAUAAACUUCAGCACUGGUCAGACCACGAUCGUUUGGCGAUCGCCACCUUACGAUGGAGGUCGCACCGUGAUCGGAUAUACGGUGGAAGCAAAACGUGCCGGUGAAAGCACGUGGAUGGUAAUCGCCGAGUCUAGUCAUUCGCUGAGUCACACAGUAGCAACAACUGAAAGAAAUUCCGUGAUACCGGGUGAGAAUUACUGCUUUCGUAUCCGAGCUGAAAAUAUCCACGGACUUAGUGUUCCUGGUAUGGAGUCUGAUCUUGUUAGAAUUCCAAAAUCAGAAGAAAUAAUGCUUCAGGAGGAAGAAGACAAAUUCGAACCGAGCUUUGAAGCUCGUUUAGUAGUGCCGGAAGAUGGCAAAUUUUUUAGCGAAAAAUACGACGUUCUCGAAGAAUUAGGAAAGGGUCGAUAUGGUGUAGUCAAAAAAGUUAUCGAACGACCAACAGGCAUGAAUUUUGCUGCCAAGUUUAUUAAAACGAUAAAAACGAAAGAUCGCGAACAGGUCCGCGAAGAAAUUAAAAUUAUGAACGUAUUAAGGCAUCCUAAACUUUUGCUACUGGCUGCUGCUUACGAAAGUCCUCGUGAGACAGUGCUAAUCACAGAAUAUAUUUCAGGUGGAGAAUUGUUCGAGAGAGUGGUGGCCGACGACUUUACUUUAACCGAAAGAGACAGUAUUCUUUUUAUGAGACAGAUUUGUCAGGGAGUCGAGUAUAUGCACGAAAAUAAAAUCGUACAUCUAGAUUUGAAACCGGAAAAUAUUAUGUGCCGUACUCGAACUUCUCAUCAGAUUAAACUAAUUGAUUUUGGAUUGGCUCAGACUUUAAAGUCUGAUACACCGAUCAGAGUACUUUUUGGUACACCGGAAUUUAUUCCACCGGAAAUUAUAAGUUACGAACCCAUCGGUACUGAGUCAGAUAUGUGGAGCAUCGGUGUAAUUUGUUAUGUUUUAUUGACCGGCUUGUCGCCUUUCAUGGGAGACAAUGAUGCCGAGACUUUUGCCAACAUUACACGAGCGGAUUAUGAUUUAGAAGACGAAGCUUUCGAUGCUAUUUCAAACGACGCUAAGAACUUUAUCAGCGGUUUGCUUAUUAAACGGAAAGAAUUACGAAUGUCGGCCACGCAAUGCUUAGAACACCCAUGGAUGGCACAACAUACUACAGCUAUGAGCAGAAUAGUCUUGCCGACAGAAAAACUAAAGAAAUUCAUCAUACGAAGAAAAUGGCAGAAAACAGGAAAUGCCAUUCGUGCAUUGGGAAGAAUGGCAUUUCUUUCGGCGCAUAGUAGACGUAGCCCCAAAACAACAGCAGAGUCAUCGCCUACGCUCGAACAACGAUUCAAUAGCAUUGAAAUGCAACAUUCUGAUGGAAUUAAAUCAGUCUGUACUGCCGCUGUCGAUAAAGAUACGGAAUACGUUGAGACAAGCGCGGAAGUAAAGUCUGCCGAGGCGGAAUCGCAGACAAAUUUGCAUUUCACGUGUGUGACGAAAGUAGAUAUGACAAUACAAGAAACAUCGAUGAAGGAAGGAAAUAGCUUGAAUGAUCUUUCAAAGCAGAUGGAUACUGAAAAAAAGAUGUUCAGAUUAAAUACUAAAUUAACAUCAAAAACAAAAAACGUUCCACAAAAUGUCACGGAACAUCUAGAGAUUUUAGUAUCGAAAGAAAAUAAGAAAAGUGACAAAGAAAUAAUCGAUAAAUUUUCUGAGAUAAAACAACACAUGAUUUUAAAAUCGCAGACAUUGCGUAGAGUGUUUCGAGGCGAUUCGCGCGAUUCCGGAAUAGGUGAUUGCAACAGUUCAAGCCUGAUGACUUCUUCAUUACAAGUAGAUGAACUUGGAAUAGCAUCCACUAUCGAAGAAGAAUUAGAUCAUGAGACUCACAAUCGAGAAAAUAAACGAAGAUUGAAAAAAGAAGAAAAUCGACGAAAUUCAACAGCAGGUAUCUUAGCAAGUUUAGUGCAAGACAAGAAAACUCUUCCUCGCGACACGGAAAUUACUACGGACGACAACAAGGUAGCUACAAAGAGUGACGUGACUAAAUUAGCUUCGUGUGAAAUUAAUCCUGUGCGGCGGAAAGUUGACAGUAUUGACGAGAAUACGGACACAAGGAUAUUAAGCAGACAUAAUUGUGAUAAAUUUCUUCCAACCGGAAAUGUAAGUCGUACGGCCAAGCUAUUUGAGAGGGAAAGUGAAAGAUCAAAUUCAGACAAUUCACAAAUUUCGAUGGCACAGCGUGCGUAUCCUGCCGCUAUAAUCAUAGGAAAGCCGCACAACGAGAGAAUACAAAAAGCUUUCGCAUUCUGGAACAAAUAAAGAUAUAUGUAUUU